AUGGUCACAGGUACUGGGCCUGGAAUUAAGAAUUCAAUUCCCAGUUUUUCUUUGAGGACGAAAGGCCCCGCCCGGCACGCGCCACACAGGUCACCUACGCAGACGGCGGUCCCGGAGCCUCCGCCCGAGCGCCGAGCCGCGGAGGGCGCGAUCCCGGCCCGGCCGUUACAGAGACGCGGCCCGGACGAGGCUGGGCGCGAAGCCCAGCGCACCUUCACCGAAAACCGGUCUCGACCGCGCGCCGGAAGCCGGAAGUUUUCUUCGUUUCCAAGGCGACGGCUCCGCCACCGCUCCAGCCCCGCGGCCCGAGUCGGGACGCUGGAAAGCUUCUCCGAGGAGAGGGUACCCGUGGACGGCGGCCGCCGCCGCAGCGACUCGCCAGGAGUAGCAGCCGAAGACGGCGGCCGCCGCACCGGCCCUCGCGUGUGGAGGACCAACGGCCGGCUCAGCCCUCGCGGCGGCCACGAGUUCAGUCUCAGCGAGGACACGGGAAGCAUCCGUGUGGAUGACGACCAGCGCUGCAGUGUCUCUACAGGAAGAGAAAGCGAGGACCUCGGCUUCUCCCGCAGUGACUCCAGAAGGGUCCGUGAAGACCUGGGCCGCCGCCGCAGUGGUUCUCCGGCGGCUGUGGGGAGAAAUGGUGGCCGCGGUCUCUGCAGCUCUUGGGAGAGCGUGAGGAGAGACAGCGGCUUUCUCAGCAGUGACGUCAGUUUCAGUAAAGCAGGCGGCCACCAGUUUAGUGACUCGGGCGGAACGGUCGAAGACCGCGGUCCCCGCCUCUGUGGUACUUGGGAGGGUGUCAGAAAAGUCCGCGGUCCCGGAACCAGCGACUCCGGGGAAAGGGGCAGCGACGACCGCCGCCGCCGCCUCAGCGGCUCUUGGGAAGGAGGGAGUGUCGAUGGCUCUCCCAGCGUCAGUAGUUCUUGGGAGGGAGUAAGUGAAGAUCGCGGCUACGAGGCCAGCGACUCCUCCGGGGUGAGCGGCAGCCAAGACUCCAGCCGCCGCCUCCGUGGCUUCUGGGAGCGGGAAAGUGAAGACGGAGGGUCGGGCUGCAGGGGCUCCUGGGACAGAGCAAGGGAGGACGGCGGCCCCGGUCCUAGCGAAGGCGAAGGCGAAGGCGAAGGCGAAGACGAAGACGAAGACGGCCGCUGCAGUGGCUCGUGGGGGACAGCAAGUGAAGACCGCCGCAGCAGCGGGGGCCUAGACUCGUCUCCCCGGAGUCGGUGGGAUCGCACCAUGCCCGGGGUGCCCCUUUCGGGGCCCUCCACCUCCUCCACGGAGACUGCAACCCCGUGUGCCAGGAAGAAGGUGCAUUUUAGUAGCAUACAUGAUGCAGUACGUGCUGGAGAUGUAAAGCAACUUUCAGAAAUAGUAGAACGUGGAGUCAGCAUUAAUGAAGUUGACGUUCUCCAUAAAUUUACCCCUUUACAUUGGGCAGCACAUUCUGGAAGUUUGGAGUGUCUUCAUUGGCUCCUCUGGCAUGGAGCUGAUAUUACAAAAGCAACUAUGAGAGGCUGGACAGCAGCUCAUGUAGCUGCAAUCAGGGGUCAGGAUGCUUGUAUGCAGGCUCUUAUAAUUAAUGGAGCAAAUCUGGCAGUUCAAGAUGACCGUGGUUGCACUCCUGUACAUCUUGCUGCGACACAUGGACAUUCUUUCACUUUACAAAUAAUGCUCCGGAGUGGAGUGGAUCCCAGCAUAACUGAUGUGAGAGAAUGGAAACCUGUACAUUAUGCAGCUUUUCAUGGACGGCUUGGCUGUUUGCAACUUCUAGUGAAAUGGGGAUGUGGCAUAGAAGAUGUGGACUACAAUGGAAACCUUCCAGUUCACUUAGCAGCCAUGGAAGGCCACCUUCACUGUUUUAAAUUUCUACUCAGUAGAAUGAGCAGUGCAGCACAAGCUUUAAAAGCCUUCAAUGACAAUGGGGAAAAUGUGCUGGACCUGGCCCAGAGGUUCUAUAAGCAGAACAUUUUACAGUUUAUCCAGGGGGCUGAGUAUGAAAGAAAUGAUCCAAAAGAUCAGGAAACUUUAGCAUUUCCAGGUCAUGUGGCUGCCUUUAAGGGUGAUUUGGAAAUGCUUAGGAAACUAAUAGAAGAUGGAGUAAUCAAUAUUAAUGAACGUGAUAGUAACGGAUCAACUCCUAUGCAUAAAGCUGCUGGACAAGGCCACAUAGAAUGUUUGCAGUGGAUAAUUAAAAUGGGAGCAGACAGUAAUAUUACCAACAAAGCAGGGGAGAAACCCAGUGAUGUGGCUAAGAGGUUUGCCCAUUUAGCAGCAGUAAAGCUAUUAGAGGGGCAACAGAAAUAUGAUAUAGAUGAUGAGAAUGAAAUUGAUGAAGAUGAUAUGAAGUUUUUUAUAAGACAUGGUGUUGAGGGAAGCACUGAUGCCAAGGAUGAUUUACAUCUUAAUGAGUCAGAUAAAACAGAUGCCAGAAUGAGAGCUUAUAAGAAAAUUGUAGAAUUGAGACACCUCCUAGAAAUUGCUGAGAGCAACUAUAAACACUUGGGAGGGAUAACAGAAGAAGAUCUAAAGCAGAACAAAGAGCGGCUGGAGUCUGAAAAGACUAUCCAAGAGCUGCAGGGCCACCUGGAGUACGAACGACUACGAAGAGAAAAGUUAGAAUGUCAGCUGGAUGAGUGUCGAGCAGAGGUGGAUCAACUUAGGGAGACCCUGGAAAAGCUUCAGGUCUCCAACCUUAUGGCAGUGGAAGAUGACUCUUCCUGUGAGUUAAGCAAAGAGAAGAGCCGAGUGAAGAAAAAAGUGUCUUCUGGGGGAGUUUUUGUGAGAAGAUGACUUGACUGUUAAAAAGCAUCUGGACUUGGGAGAAAAUACAACAUAAGACCAGUAAGUUUUGGAAAAGGACAACUUUACAGUGACAACCAAAUAUCUCACUCAGGAAGGUUUUACAGAAAAUGAAGACCAGUGCUUGUAAAAGGAUAAAAACCCAAACAUAAUGUGUGCUUACUAAGAAUACCCAUGUAAGUAACCUGCUUUAAAAUUCAACCAUUGCUCUGCCUUGCAAGCUCUGUAAGAAAGGAAUAUAGACACAAGGCAGAUUGGACAGAAUAAAACACAUGGUUUUACUACUUUUUCCCCCUCUACUUGGCUGACCAAAAAGACAACUGUGGCAUUUCAGUUCAGUUCUGACUUCAAUUCCCCCACUUUUCCUCCCCGACCCCACUCCCCCUCGACCUAGCAAAGAUUUGUCACUCUCCUGGGUCACUUGCCUAGAUCCUGCCUCCCCCUGAAGAUCUGAUUGCUAGCUUUGGGCUUCACUGGCAGCAGCUUCAUGCCGUACAUCAGACUCUUCACUCUGCAGGCCCUGGCAUGUACCUUACAUGGAUGCUAAAGGCUAUUUGGACCCUAUCACUGGGACCAGUUUGCCGUGGCAUGAGUGCAUGCGGUUGCUAAGGCCAGUACAGGGCUGGUCAGCGGUCUGUAAGCAAGUAUUAAAACAUUUUUGGUAACUUUCAUGGUCAUUAUUGUUAGUUUUUCUGUGGUUUCCAAUAGGCUUUCAAUCUGUAGUAAUAAUAGUUGUCAACAUUUAUUGGGCACUUAUGUGUGAGAUCUGUGCCAAGUCCUUUACGGAUAUUCUCUCAGUUCUCACAACAAACAGCUGUAUGUAAUAGAUAUAUUUCAUACAUGGAGGUUAAUUAAUUUGCCCGGAAUCGCAUAGCAAUAUGGAGCCAGGAUUCUAAUCUUAACAGGGAAAGUUCAGAGUCUGCAUUAUUCUUACCCACUGCUGGAAUUCCCAGCUCCACCAUUUCUCUCACCUUCUGGGAUUCUUAGCCUUACAUUUUCUUUCUAGCCUGGUGACCCUAAAGUUAAACCCAGUCCUGGAAAUAGUCUGUUAUACUUGCUCCAGUUUUCUCAAGGCUGCGUCUCUAGUCUCUCUGUACUAGGGAGGUAGGAAAUAGCAGAACAGCGUUGCAGAGGUUGCUUUGUCAUCUCCCAGUAUCUAUCCUCCCCUUUUUCUGUAACAUUAGGAUUUUCCUGGGCUUGUGGCUGCUUGUGGCUGCUCCAGCUUCCUUUGCAUCUAAGAUACCAAGUUGUGGCCAAUAGAGCGUGAGCAAAAAUGGUAUGUAUAACCUUAGGGUCAUGCCUCUAAAAGGAGAGGUUUGCCCACCUCUUGCCAAUUUCUUCUUCUGGAAUGUGGAUGUGGUGGUGAGUCAUUGGACCUUGUGAAUGAGGGCCACACAGGGAUGUUAGAGCAGUGAGAUAAGUAGGAGCCUGGCCCCUGAUGCAGAGAGCUGACACGCUAGCCCUGGAAUGCUUACACUUGGGUUGUAGGUAAGAGAGAAAUAAACCUCUGUAUUAUUUAAGCCACUAUUAUUUUGGGUUUAUUGUAGCAGCUAAAUCUAAAUUGUAGUCUAACACCCAAAAUUAUGUGUAUCUGAUUUUAAGUUACAAAAAUAUAUUAUUGUCAUGUUACAUGUGGUGUUUUCCAGCACUAACAACCACUUCUCUGGUUUCUCUGGACACCAACUGGGUGUUCAACAAUUCAGUUUAGACAUCAACUAUCCAAAGUUAGUGUCAGACUCCACAAGUUAAGGGCUCCAUCUCACUAAACUGCCCCACUUCAGAUACCAUUUGCAAAUCCCAGGUUGUCAUGGGCACUUCUAAUUGCUGUUCUUCUGGGGGGUUCCCAUAUCACCAUCCUUAGGUUCAGUAAUUUGCUAGAAUAACUCACAGAACUCAGGAAAACACUUUACUUACUAUUACCAGUUCAUUAAAAUGGAUACAUCUCAGGAACAGCCAAAUGGGAGAUGCUCAGGGCAAGGUAUAGAGUGAGAGGUGUGUGGCACUUCCACGCCCUCGGGGUGUUUCAUCGGGUUGGCUGUUGGUGAUUGAACUCAAUGGCUAGCUCCUCUCCUUUCUUUUCCCCUCCCUAGAGGCUGAAGUAGGGAGUAGGGGAGACUAAAAGUUUCAACUCUCUAAUCAUGUGUUGGUCUUUCUGGUAACCAGUCUCCAUUCUGAAGCUAUGGGGCUAGGGGCUCCUAACUACUGGUCAUUUCAGCAUAAAAAAACACUGUCACUCCGGAGAUUCCAAGAAUUUUAGGGGCUGUGUGCCAGGAAAACAAAAGCUCCUUAUCACCUCUAUCACUCAGGAAAUAAGGGUUUUAUGAGUUCUGUGCCAGGAACUGGGAUGAAAACCAAAUAUAUGUUUAUUAUGCCACAUUAUAGUAAUAUAAAUAAGUAAAAAUAUAUAAAGUAAAAAAGAUGUUAAAAGAGAUAUGGGUAGAAACUAGUAUUUUUUCCCCGUGCCUCAGUAGACUGUCCAUCUCUUGAAAUAGAGGGCUCAACUUGGAGGUUACUAGGAUAUUAAGUAAGAACAUGAGAUUUGGAGUUUAAGUCUUUGUCACUUAUCUACUGUGUGAUCUUGGCAAGUUACUUAACUUUGCUUAGCUUGUUUCUUUAGCUGUAAAAUGAGGAUAAUACUACUUGCCUAAGAGGAUUGCUGUGAAAAAUAUGUGAGUUGCUACAUAUUUUCUUUUAGCAUAUUCACUGUUGUAUAGUCACUAGUCUACAAAAUGCAAUCACUGAUUUGUGUUGGUGACCCUUAGCCUUUUCUACUGCCUCACCUCAUUUAUUCUUUAUAUUAAAAAAAUAUGUAGAACUUUUGAAUAUUUAAAACUUAAGACGUUACAUAUCUAAAUUCUUGAAGAUUGAUGAAAAUGGGCGCUAUAAGCUUUAAAUUGUUUUUCAAAUAUAGUGAAAGGAUUUUACUGACUCUUGGCUAGUCCUUACAUUAUCUUGCCUGGUCUACUGUCACUAAAUAGUAUGAAUGGGCAAGUCAGGAUCUAGUCUAUGGCCAUAAGCAAGGUGAAGGUAACUAAUCGUCUUGGAGACUUACCACCUACUGAAAACACCGAAAAGGUGUAUAGUGUUCUCAGAACCUCUAUAAAUGAAAGAUUCCCACCACACCCAUAAUAAAACAUUUAAAGUAUUAAAAAGUUUGGGUUAAGGUUGAGAUCUAUGCAUAUCGUUUAUUCCACAGGCAUUUAAGAAGUACCUCAUAUAUGCUUAGAGGCCUUCUGGGAACUCACAGUUUAGUAUAAGAAACAGACAUACACAACAAUAGCUACUCUAUAGUGAGUGGAAGUGCUGGAAUAGAGGUGUAGUUUUGAGGUACAUGGGAACACAAUCCUCUCUUUUUUCAUUUCAGAUAUUUCCAUUCCCUAAACAAAAAUCUAUCUAAACUCCAAAAAUAACACCAAAAUGAAGUAUCCACAGAAAAGAUACAGGAUCUAGAAGUAAUGGGAAUAGGGUAUGGUAUAUAUACUUCUAUUCUUCCAUUAUUAGAUGCAAAGCACUUCAUUUGCCAAAUCCUUACAGAUGGAACAGAUCUAUUUUACUAUUAAUGGCUAUGAACUGGGAAUAUGCAUCUUUAUUUGUUGAGGUUUCAGGAGAUCCAAUAAAUGGCACCCCCUCCGUCCCAUCUGGGUUGUGAACCUAAUUGAGAUAGAGAACAGAUUGAAUUGAUAUAGAGUGCUAAAUAGUACCUCUACUUACUAAUAAAACUGAUAUUGGAGAAUAUGGUUUAGAUCUUCAGUCCAGGUUUCCUAUCACUGAGCCUCAUAACUGGACAAAUUUAUUUACCCUGCCCCAAGCAUCGUUGUAGUGGGGUAGGCUUCACCCGCAGAGGAGCAGCCUGCCCCUGGGCUUGAUGCAC